AUGUCUGAAAAAAAUAGCCGUCCCCCAAAUCACCCUGUAUCUGCCAAACAUUUAGCCUAUGUUACAGAAGGAUCUUCCGCAAACCUUCCUUCUGGCCAACAGUACGGUAUUUUCACUGCGCCUGGCUUUAUAUCUUGUAACCCAGCAGACCCAACCGAUUAUGAAGUCAUCCUCUCUGCAAACACCUCAGCUCCUUUUUCGCUCGAAGCUGGAUAUGUUUAUUCUCUCACUGGGAAGCUAAUGGUAAUGGGCCCAGACUCACCGCCCAUCUUUACCUACUUUCCUGAGACUAUGAUCAGGGUCUGUAAAACCGAUCAUUUCAUUGGCGAUGUUACCAAUAAAACCUCUGUGGAUGCAAUCGGCACUGCUAUCUCCGUCGAUCGCGAAACUACUGACAACAACGGAGUCGUAGAAAAUAACUUAAUGGUGACAAUGCUUCACAAUGAUUGGGACCCCCAGGCGCGCUGUGUUCGUGCGUUUAACGUUAGGUAUAAGAUUCCCGGCCGUCGCAAUAUGGCCAAUACCCAUGUUCUAUUCCAACCGAAUCGAGAGUUUUUUCUCAUCGGUUUCUUAUGUGAUUGGGAUAUGGACAAAGAGAUGCCUGUGGUCGAAGUCCUCGCCUUAAGUUGGAUUAACCCACCAAAUGCCGCCCGGGUUCAGGUGACAGGUAACAGGACUACACCAAAUAACAGCCCAUCACGUCCAGGCAGGAAUGUAGUACAUUUUUCCCAACGUACUCAAUCGAGAGAAAGGCGAGAUCCAAGUGCUCCAAUCUUGGAUCAAGGUAUCGGUUCGUCUACCGGUUGCUUGUCCUUGGUCGAAGAUAUUGCUUCCCAGAAUGAAACCAAUCACGACCCAGUUGAAACUGAGGGGAACAACCAAUCGGUUGAGCUUCCAUCUCAGUCUUCCCCACGCAAACGUGGGAAAAUUUCAUUGUCUGAACCAGCAAAGCGGAAGAAAGAUGAUGUCUGA